AUCCCUGUUUGUGCGGUCCUGCAUUCACCUUGUUGUUUCGACCCUGUUGACUGGGACCUCUCAACCAUCGACACGAUGGUUGUGUUCAGCUCUUUGCGUCCCUCAGCACGAGGACUAAAAGCUGUUCUACCGAUCUUGAGAAGUUCACCAAAAACACCAGCCAUAAAACAAGCAGGACCCGUUGUCAUGUCGACGAGAGGGGGAGCUGGCAGAAGCAUGGUGCUGCGACCUGGUAUUUACCUGGAUCGGAUGUGGAGAGAUAGUGUGCAUUUCUUCAUCCUACUGGGAACAAUACCAGUUCUAACACUAGCUACUUUGGCCAACCUGUUUCUGACUCAUGGAGAAUUGACAGAUUUACCUGAAGAUCGCGUACCUCAGACAUGGGAGUACCACCAGCAUCCCAUCACGAGGUUUAUUGCCAAAAACAUAGUACGUUCUCCAGAGAAGCUGUACGAAACCCACAUGGCAAUGAUGUACGAACAGGAUCAGAAAAGGAAAUUAAGAAAACUUGAUGCCCAGGUAAAGCGUGUGAUGUUAGAUCGCCAGGAUGUACGUGGCUGGUAUUUCUUCCAGGGAGCAACAGAUGCCAGACAGAUGUCUCUAGAGAGCCAGGACAAUAAGAGAGGAACUCCUUUUUAAGAUCUUCAGUGACUUUACUAUGAGUGUGAGCGAGUGAGCAUGUAUUUAGUAUUCAACCAAAUAAACAGGUUCUGGUGAUUUUAAUGACUCUUUGUCAUGUCUAUACAAAAUGACUCGACGUUCGCGAGAUUCUAUGGAAUACCUGAUGAUUUUCCCCCUGGCUUCAGAUAUGUUGUCCAGAAAGACAAUUGGGAAGUUUUUCGUUCUACAACUGCUGUGAUGAAAUAAAUUGCUGUUUUAAAA